UUUAAAUCAGUUACGGAGAAAGGAAGCUAAUUGUUGCGAUGUGGGACUAUAUCGGUUGAAAUGUUAUAAUGCAGCUAAGUCAGUUGGUCAUACUACUAGCAGUGUCCCGAGGAUCAGUUUAUGGAUCUUCUGAGACGGCGACGCAGUUUAAUGUCGGUGAAGUACCCCGCAAUGGACAGCCCUAUCAGAUAGUUCGCGUUAUUGAGUAUAUAGUACCCUAUCCCUACCAGAGAUCACCGAAAGUUUCCGCUAGAACCUCAAGCGGAGUCAACAAGGAACCCAACAGCCUAGAGAUAAUUCCCGCUGAAAUCGAGACUCUCCUUACCGAUGGACAAGCCACAACAGAGGCACCAAAGGCGGUGAAGCAUUACCUUAUGCGAAUCCUUUAUGAAAACAAAGUCAUUUGCAGUGGUGCUCUAAUCUCCACUCGUCUGGUUUUAACCUCCGCCCACUGUUUUCCCAGGACUCUGCGUCAACCUCCACCUCGCUCGUACAAACUGCAGGCUAGUCGGAGUCGGAUAUAUUCGGUGGCCAAUCUAAUUACCGGCGCUAUUGAGGACAUGGCCCUAUUACUGCUUCAGGCUCCACUGGAGGAUCCCUUCGUCCAUCCGAUUGAUCUCUGCGACUCACCUCUCCAAAGAAAUGACAAUGUAACCAUGUACAUGUCACAGCAACAUCUGCGCUUCCUGCGCACCAAACUCAUUCCCAAUAGCAAUUGCAAAAGGAGCUAUGCCCAGGACGAGAACGCCUUCAUCACCCAGAACAUGUUGUGCGCCCUGAAUUCAAACCGAUUGGUGGACUGCCAGACGGCCAUGGGGGAUGUCCUGCUCCACCAGGAUCGGUUGUGCGGAGUGGACAUUUACGGACAACACUGCUCCGAUGGGGGUGUCAAUGGAGAGCUGUAUGCCGACGUCUUUAAGGCCCGGACUCAACUGAUGCACUUGAUUGAGCGCUAUUCGAACUAAAUGAUUUAACUGGGAAAUUACUGAAU